AUGGAUCAUAAACCUGACCGUCCUGAUGUCCGCUACACAGAGGGAGCGGCUGACAGCGUGGAGCAGCGGCACCGAGGCUGUGUCCCCCUGAGCCACCGCCAGGAGGCGCUGCAACUCCUCAAACUCGCCGGACCGGUGGUGAUCUCACAGAUGAUGGUUUUCCUGAUCAGCGUCAUCAGCAUGGUGUUCUGUGGACAUCUUGGAAAAACUGAGCUUGCUGCAGUCUCACUGGCGGCUGCUGUUGUCAACGUCAGUGGAGUCUCCAUUGGCACUGGUCUGUCUGCUACUUGUGACACUCUUAUAUCCCAGACAUUUGGCAGUGGUAACUUGAAGCGCGUGGGAGUGAUUCUUCAGAGAGGAGUCCUCAUCUUGUUACUGGCCUGUUUCCCCUGUUGGGCUGUUCUGGUCAACACAGAGCCCCUGCUGCGCUCCGUCCGGCAGAGCCCUGAGGUGGCCAGUCUUUCACAGUUGUAUGUGAUGAUCUUCAUGCCUGCUCUACCGGCGGCGUUUAUGUACCAACUGCAAGGAAAAUAUCUUCAGAAUCAGGGAAUAAUGUGGCCACAGGUCGCUACUGGGGCAGUUGGAAACAUCCUCAACGUCAUCAUCAAUUACAUAUUUCUUCAUCGUCUGGAGCUGGGCGUGGCUGGAUCUGCUGCUGCCAAUGCCAUCUCACAAUAUUCGCUGGCUCUGCUGCUCUUUGUGUAUAUUGUAUGGAGGGGUCUGCACAAAGCUACAUGGGGAGGCUGGUCUAUGGACUGCCUUCAGGAGUGGGGUCUGUUUGUUCGCUUGGCCAUCCCCAGCAUGCUCAUGAUCUGCUUGUCCUGGUGGAUCUUUGAGAUUGGAGGGUUUCUGGCCGGCCUCAUUAGUGAGACGGAACUUGGGGCACAAUCUAUUGCGUACCAGCUUUGCGUCGUGGCGUAUAUGUUUCCUCUCGGAUUCUCAGUAGCUGCUAGCGUACGGGUCGGAAACGCUCUUGGGGCCGGGAAUGUGGAGCAAGCCAAGUUGUCUUGCAGAGUGCCUAUUUUUUGCGCAUUUUUUUGCGCGUGUUUUGUCGGAGCGAGUCUCAGCCUUUCCCGUCAUGUCAUUGGAUACAUUUUUACCACCGAACAUGACAUCAUUCUGAGGGUUUCUGAAGUCAUGGUUUUAUUUGGAUUCCUGCACAUUGGGGAUGCCACAGCGGGUGUAGCGGCGGGCGUGCUGAGAGGAGCGGGGAAGCAGUGGAUAGGUGCUCUGUGUAACCUGGUGGGAUUGUAUUUGAUUGGCUUUCCCAUCGGCGUGUCUUUAAUGUUUGCAGCCAAGAUGGGUAUUGUAGGGCUUUGGACUGGCCUGUCCAUCUGCGUCUGCCUGCAGUGCUCCGUUUUCAUCCUGUUUCUAUACAAUCUUGAUUGGACAAAAGUUGCUAAAGAGGCGUUUGAAAGAUCUGGCAUCCAGGUCAAACGAGAAGAAUCAACCUCAGACGCCCCCCGUCAGAUCCAUGCGGAGGUGGGCACUGCUCUCAGUGUAGAUGGGCAGGAGACAGAGGAGACAUUCACCACCACGAACACAGUGGGGGACGUCCUGCCAACGAGGGCCCUGCUUUUACGACGAUCACUCACGCUGAUUCUCAUGAUCGUCAUCCUGAUCUCUGGCAUCACUACGAGCAAACUGCUAAUGACUUUAUUCAACUGA